AUCACUUUAUUAUCUAAACUCAUUGGUCUCCUUUACUUUCCUGUGUGUCUUGGAGAAAACGUUAAUGGUAGAUUGAGCUGCUUUUUGGGUUUUCAUGAUGUCCGAGUCUACUAAUAUAUUACACGUUUGUAAAUUCCUAGAAAUGAAGUGACCCGUCAAAUAAAGCAAAGGAAUAGGUUUUUUCAAGUCCUCUCUGCUCUGCUCUGCUCUGCCCUUUCUGUAAGUCAGAAUUGGAGUUGGAAUCAACUAUUGGAAUUUCUUUCCUUCUCUACCCAAUAUAAAUAUGCAAACAAACUUUGUGUUUCCUUGGCUUAUCACCUCCCAACAAAGACAAAGCCCACCACAAGUCUUCUCUUUGCCUUUGCUUUCUUUCUGGGUUCUCUUCAUUUUCUUUCUUUCUUUCCAACAUGGGUUGUUAGUUUUCUUCUCAAUUUAGCUCAACCUUGUUGAGUUCAUUAAUAAAGAUCCCGUGUUCCUCUCUGUAUCUCAACUGGCUUGAUUAAUUCAUAGCUACCUGAUUAUUAUUAUUCUUAGAAAAGGUACAAGUUUUGGUUGAAAUAUGGAGAAAUCAAAUCUUCUUGUGAAUGGUGGGAUGAAAUUGCCUAUUGGGUAUAGAUUUCAUCCUACAGAUGAAGAACUUCUUCUUCAUUACUUGAGACGUAAGGUCUUUGGUGUUCCAUUGCCUGCUUCUGUUAUUCCUGAGCUUGAUGUAUUCCAAGCUGAUCCCUGGAGCUUGCCAGGUAAUUUGAAGGAAAAGAGGUAUUUCUUUGGCAGAAAAUGGGGAAAUGACAGUGAAAACGGAUGCAAGAAAGCUGCUGGUUCUGGCUACUGGAAGCCUAUUGGCAAAGGCAGGCAAAUUGUAGCUUCUUUUAGCAACCAUGUAAUUGGAAUGAAGAAAACUCUAAUUUUCCGUGAAGGGAAGCAUUCUAAUGACUCUACAACUCAGUGGAUCAUGCAUGAAUAUCGCCUUGUAGGCUCAGGAACAAUCCCUAACAUAACCCAGAUAGCUAAGAUGAAAUUAGGAGAUUGGGUUGUCUACCAAGUAUUUCAGAGGAAAAGGAGACCUAGAAAACACGGGAAUAUCAUUUCUCAGCCCUCAAACACCAACAAUAUUCAAACUACACAUGAGGUGAUGAGAUCAAGUUUCAUGGAAUUUAGAAUGGAAGAAAACUCUGAUAUGGGCCCUCCUCAACCUUCUUCACCAUGUUCUAGUGGAGUCACUGAUGAGGUCUCUUCAAGUGGGUUAGAUAAGGAAGAAAUCAGUUCUUCCAUUAGCUUUUCUUUUCAUUCUUAUAUGAAGAAGACUUAAAACACUCUAUUAAGGAAAUUUGUACCUGAGAUCAAUUAUGCAACAAAUGGAAAAUUAAACCAUUUAAUUCUCUUUCAAGGGUAAUGACGCAAAUUCAUGGCUA